CCCCACUUCCCGUGCUCGGCUCCAGUCGAUCUCCACCCACCAGCCCGGAGAGAAGACAUCGGCCCGACCCCCUCCACCGUCCCUCCGCGAGAACAUAUGGCCCCACCAGCCCUCUUUCUUUCUUUCAUCGCUGUGCCCACUACUCUUUAAAAAUUCCGCCGAAAAAGAGAAGACGAUUUUCCAAAACAUUCUGGCCGUUAUCUCACGGCUCCCCUGUCUCUGCACAGGUGUAUGAGCGCUACCCAGAGGGCUUAGGGGCAGCUCUUUACCGGGAGCACUUUGACUUCAACGCUGAGCCACCUUGGGAUCCUAGCUGAUAGCGGGACAGGUCCAUCUCCUGACUUGUCCAUUUUGUUGCAUACCGGCAGGACCCCAUUGGCUCAGUCGUGACCCCUUGACUUGUUUAUCUGUUCUUUAUGAUUGUCGGAUUAGCGGAAUACGGUUGAGAUGAAAGGACUCGCUGACAAACCCAGCUACAUCAUUGAACUUCUGGAGGGAGGAGUGACCCUUGACGAUGUCGUUGACGGACACAUCUGCGAGCAGACUCUGGUGGAGAAGAGCGCGUUUGUGGUGGGCGAUCUUGGUGCCCUGAUGCGGCAGCAUGCGUGCUGGCAGAGCACAGUGCCACAGCUGCAGCCCUACUACCCAGUCAAGUGCAACAACAGCCCUGCAGUCACCCAGGUGCUGGCUUCCUUGGGCCUGGGCUUUGUUUGCACCAACAAGGCUGAAAUGAACCUGGUUCUGGAGCACGGGGUGCCACCAGAACACAUCAUUCUGUCAGGUGUUUGCAAACAGCUUGCCCACAUCAAGUACGCUGCCAAGAACAACAUCCAGUACCUUGUUUGUGAGAAUGAGGCAGAGUUGUCCAAGAUUUCCCGUCUACACCCGAGUGCAAAGUUGCUGCUGCAGUUGACCACUGAGGCCCACGCGGCUGAGACCAGCAUGACCAUCGGCUCCUCUCUGAAGAGCUGCCGGCACCUGCUGGAGGCAGCCAAGGAGCAAGGCAUCAAGGUGGUGGGCGUGACCUUCCACAUCCCCAGCUCCUGCGAAGACCUACAACAGGCUUACACCCAUGCACUGUCAGACGCCCGCUGUGUGUUUGACAUGGGGCUGGAUCUGGGCUUUAACAUGAACAUCCUGGACAUUGGUGGUGGAUUCACAGGCACAGAGUUUCAGCUCAAACAGGUUGAAUCUGCAGUCAGGCCGCUGCUGGAUGCUUACUUCUCCCCACUGUCUGGUGUGCAAGUGUUGGCUCAGCCCGCCAGCUUCUACGUGGCCUCAGCUUUCAGCCUGGCUGUCAACGUGAUCGGCAAAAAAGUGGUGACCCACUGCUGGGACAGCCUUGUUCAGGGUGAGAACAAUGAGGAUACUGAGUUCCUGUACUACAUGAAUGAGGGUGUUUAUGGCCCAUUCAGCCGCAAGCUGGUGGGAAACUCCAUCACUGCCCCGUCAGUGCACAAGCGUGGGCUGUGUGCUGAGGAGACGGUCUAUCCCAGCAGCCUAUGGGGCCCGACAUUGGAUGAUCUGGACCAGGUGGUGGAUCGCUGCCUGUUGCCCCAGCUCAGUGUGGGAGACUGGCUUCUCUUCUCCAACAUGGGAGCGUGCAGCCUGGAGGAGUCCCUCUCCUGCUCUCCCCAGCUGCCUGUCUACUACACUGUCUCCACCUCUGACUGGUACGAAAUGCAGGAGGCUGGUGUGGCAUUGGACAGUGCCAUGAAGAAUUUCUCCAUGGUCCAGUACAGUGCGUAACUACCCUCUGCCCCUGUCCUGUAUUCUAUUGCACAGACCCUCCUUUGCCUGUCCUUUCACCAAGUGAGUCAAGGGGUCAAGCGUGGUAUUUAGGACCAGGGGCUAAAUGUGGUCAACAUUCCAGCCACCUCAGAAAACGCAGCGUCCGAUUAUUUCUUCCAGGAAUUUGACUUUCUUUGCCUCCUUCAAAUGGUUAACAAUUGUAGUUUGAUACCUCAAUUGUCUAAAAUGUUAUCUGGAAGAAAUGUGUAUCUUUACUCCUCCCUCUGAUGGACUCCAAAAACUUGUCAGCUAAAAGAACUCCAGCCCAUGCUCAAAUGACAUUAUGCAACAAAAUGGACGACUCUCUGGAGAUGGAACCCUCCAACUUGUUUGGGGUGGUUUAUUUCCUAAUUCUAAAAAGAUCCAGUUUACAAAAUGUACAAUUGAUUUCAAUCCUGUUCUUUCUUGAUUAUCUGUUGACAGUCUUGUAAAUCCUGUAUCUGUUCAACACACAUUUUGUCUGUAGAUGAUUUUUGAAGCGAUUCAAAGGAUCAAUGCCUUGUGUCCAUUCUGUAUUUCAGACCCCUCACUUUGCAGAGUUUAAAUUAAAUUAUGACAAUGAUGUAACCUUUUUCUUUAUUGCAGUUCACCUCAAUGCAUCUUUAUUUAUUGGAUUCAGAUAUUACCGGGACAUAUUUAAUGCUCCGUCUUUGUGUGUUUCGCCCAGGUAUUAUGCUGUGGCCCAUCUAACAGUGUUUUCCUGAUAAGAUAUCAAUGUUUUGUUUUGUUUUUUUAAACGCUACAUGGAUAUAAGUGUGCUGUGAUUGCCAUGUGACCUCAGUGGUUUCCCUCUACUCAAAGCGCUUGAAGGAAAUGCUAUGGGAGAUUCUCUUUACGCUGAGCUAGAGCUUCAACACGGAGAAGCUGCAUACACCCAAACGCACUCCUCACCUCUAAUAGAGAGAUGCUAAUCUGGUUUUAUAUGCACAAGAUCUUUUUGUAGGUGAAAGAAAUACUGUGACAUUGAACAAUGCAGCCCUGUUUUUUGUUAUAAGUUCGUCAUAUCAGUGUCUCUUGAAUGGGGAUUGGUCCCCAUUCACCCAGGAACUGAAAAACCAGCAACGGAUCGUUUUCUGAAACAUGCUCGAACAUGUAUGUUGUGUAUGCAGCGGAUAUAGACUGACAUGUCUUUAUCUUUGAAAUAAGGACAUGUUAGUUGUACACAAAUGAUGAAUAAAACGCCUACAUUUCCUCAUGCCUCUCUAAAGAUAUGAGGGACAUAUUGCAGUCACUUGUACAGCUCAAUCAUGUCUGAUGAUAUUAAAGAUGACCUGACUCAACUGCAGUUUUUAAGGAAUCCUGCCCUCGUGUUAAAAAUUACUAAUGUAUUAAUUACAUGCUUGUCUAAGGCACUAAUGGACCAUAGCCUGUUUUGACUGUAAAUUGUGCUUGUUAAAGUAAUGAAAGUGAUUAAUUUAAUACAUUUCUGACUGAAAUCAUU